CAGGACUUGACUACUUUACUUAACAAGGUGGUUCGGGCCUACUAUGUGUCUUGCGGGUCUUUGCGAAAGUGAACCAGUUAUUGGGGGGCGCCUAACGACCUGGGGGUCAACUAAGGGGGCAAGAAGCCCUGGCGAAGACCUGAGACCGUGGCAUGUUUCAGGCAGGAUUCCUCCUUCCUUCAAACUGCAUGACUCAGGAGUCUGCAAAUUCCCCAAAGUAGGAGGAAAAAUGACCACAUUCAAGGAGGCAGUGACCUUCAAGGACGUGGCUGUGGUGUUCACCGAGGAGGAGCUGGGGCUGCUGGACUCUGCCCAGAGAAAGCUGUACCGAGAUGUGAUGCUGGAGAACUUCAGGAACCUGCUCUCAGCGGGGCAUCAACCAUUCCACCAAGAUACUUUCCACUUCCUAAGGGAAGAAAAGUUUUGGAUGAUGGAGACAGUAACCCAAAGAGAAGGGAAUUCAGGAGGCAAGAUCCAAACUGAGUUGGAGUCUGUUCCAGAAGCAGGAACACAGGAAGAGUGGUCCUGCCAGCAAAUCUGGGAACAAAUUGCAAAAGAUUUAACCAGGUCUCAGGACUCUAUCAUAAAUAACUCUCAGUUCUUUGAAAAUGGUGAUGUCCCCUCCCAGGUUGAAGCGGGACUGCCCACAAUUCACACAGGACAGAAGCCUCCCCAGGGUGGGAAGUGUAAACAGUUCUUCAGUGAUGUUUCCAUCUUUGAUCUUCCUCAGCAGUUAUACUCAGGAGAGAAGUCUCAUACAUGUGAUGAGUGUGGAAAAAGCAUCUGUUACAUCUCAGCUCUUCAUGUUCAUCAUAGGGUCCACAUGGGAGAGAAACUCUUUACGUGCGAUGUGUGUGGCAAGGAAUUUAGUCAAAGCUCACAUCUGCAAACUCAUCAGAGAGUCCACACUGGAGAGAAACCAUUCAAAUGUGAGCAGUGUGGGAAAGGUUUCAGUCGUAGAUCAGCACUUAAUGUUCAUCAUAAAUUUCACACAGGAGAGAAACCUUACAUUUGUGAAGCAUGUGGGAAGGCCUUCAUUCAUGAUUCCCAGCUUAAGGAACAUAAGAGAAUCCAUACUGGGGAGAAGCCAUUCAAAUGUGACAUAUGUGGUAAGAGCUUCCAUUUUAGGUCAAGACUUAAGAGCCAUUUCAUGGUUCACACAGGAGAAAAACCAUUUAGGUGUGAUACAUGUGAUAAGAGCUUUCAUCAGAGAUCAGCACUUAAUAGGCAUUGCAUGGUCCACACAGGAGAGAAACCGUACAGAUGUGAGCAGUGUGGAAAAGGCUUCAUUGGUAGGCUAGAUUUUUAUAAGCAUCAGGUGGUCCACACAGGAGAGAAACCAUACAAUUGUAAAGAAUGUGGGAAGAGCUUCAGAUGGUCCUCAUGUCUUUUGAACCAUCAGCGAGUCCACAGCGGAGAAAAAAGCUUCAAAUGUGAAGAAUGUGGGAAGGAAUUUUAUACAAAUUCACAACUGUCUUCCCAUCAGAGAUCCCACAAUGGUGAAAAGCCAUAUAAAUGUGAGGAAUGUGGGAAGGGCUACGUUACUAAGUUUAAUCUUGACAUGCACCAGAGGGUCCACACUGGAGAGAGACCUUAUAAUUGUAAGGAAUGUGGGAAGAGCUUUAGCCGGGCCUCAAGUAUUUUGAAUCAUAAGAGACUCCACUGCCAGAAAAAGCCAUUCAAAUGUGAGGACUGUGGAAAGAGGCUUGUACACAGGACAUGCCGUAAAGACCAACUGAGAGACUACAGUGGGGAAAACCCAUCCAAAUGUGAGGAUUGUGGGAAACGCUACAAGAGGCGCUUGAAUCUAGAUAUACUUUUAUCGUUAUUUCUAAAUGACACAUAAUUAUUCAUAUUUAUGGGGUACAAUGUGGUUUUAAUGUGUGCAUAGAAUUUAUAGUGAUCAAAUCAGUGUAAUUGGUGUAUCUGUCACCUCAAAUAUUUACCAUUUCUUUGUGUUGGAAAAUUCAAAAUCCAUUUAAGAGGAGUUAGUAGACAGCAAGGGAAGGGUCCCUGGAGAUCCCUUACUGCACGGGUCAGUGCCUCAUCCCCAGGUAACAUAAAAAGCAGCCUGGGGGCCGGGCGCGGUGGCUCAAGCCUGUAAUCCCAGCACUUUGGGAGGCCGAGGCGGGUGGAUCACGA